UAUGCCUGCAGGUCACAGAGAGUUUCUGAACGCCAUAGAAAACGGACCUUCUCUCAGAAAUCACGUGAGACUAUCUCGCGACGAUGGUGUACGGAAAGCAUACAACAAAUGCAUCCAAGCACUUACCGAGUUUCGAUCAUACCACUUUACGGUUACUGUUAAAUAUGUUUUACUGCAGUCGUACAAGAAAAAUGGAAAGUCUAGUAAUAAUACGGACGCCCAAGGGGCAGGCGGGACAUAUUUGGUCUCCUUCCUGAAAUCGACUCGCGACCAGACAGCCAGAUGUUUUCUUGGCGACAGAGAGACAGGACAAAUGAAAUGGCAGGCAGACGACAUGGAUUUAGAAGGCCUGAAAAUGAAAGAAAGUUCGUCUCUUCUACACCCCGGGACCAACCUCAUCGUCAAAUCAAAAUCAGAUCAAGAGAUUUUUAAAGAAGACCAUUAAAAGUCAAAUUUAUUUGUUUUGAGAUAGAAAACAUCCACCGAAAAUUAAUUCAUUAACAGUUCAUUAUGCCCCGUAAGCAAAAAAUUCCAGGCCCGUA